AUGGGUGGGGGUGCCCCCGCUGACCCACUCUGUCUCCCACCGGUGACAGUGGUGGCCCUGGUGCAACCCCAGCAUGUGGUACAGGAGAGCCUGGUCCUGCAGCACCCCCACAUCGAGCAGCUGCUGCAGGAGGAACAGGACACCGUGCUGCCCCCCGACAUCCUGGCGAUGGGCGCCACGUCCCCGCCGCGCCACCCCCCUGCCUGGCCCAACACCCUGGACGGCUUCCCCCCCGCCUGGCCUGUGGCCGCCGCCAUCACCCGUCACUGCAGCCAGCCCCCCCGGCCCCCCCCGACCCUCCAGCUGCCCUCCACCGCCUUUGCCCACCUGCGCCGGCAGGCUGCCGCGCUCGAUGCCUUCCGGCCCCGCCUCGACGCCUGCUGCCACCACCACACCCCACUGCCCUGCGCCCGCCACGCCUGGACGGAUGUGCUGGACAGAUUCUGCACCGAUGAAUUUGGGGUGAAAACGCGCCAGUACCAUUGCUGCCGGCAGCAGGGCACGGCACGCCGCCGCUGCUUCGCCCAGGGCCCCGACGCCAUCGCCGCCACCGCUGCUGUCACCGUCUGGGACCCAGCUGCCGAGCCGCCCUUUCCCCCCGGCGAGCCCACCGCCACCAACAUGGGCAACAUCUGUGGGUUGCGGGGACUGCGCCCCGGCCCCCCCGGCCCCUCUGGCCCUUCUGGCCCCCGCAUCCGCCUGCGCAUGCGCCUGGAGCGCGAGUACAGCCGCUGCUGCCGCAACGGGAGCCUCACCUGCGCCCAUGAUGCCUGGCGGAAGGGGCUGGAGCGGUUCUGCCGGGAGGAGGCGGCGGUGAAGACGAGGCAGCACCGCUGCUGCCAGCCCUACGACCGGGAGCUGCACAACAUCAGCCUGGCCCGGCCGGGCCCUGCGCUGCUCCGCUCCCUCUGCGGGCCCACCCGCCUGCUCACCAAGAGGCGGCCGGUGCCAGAGCUGCUGCGGGCCGUGACGUCCGGGUGCUGCCUGCUGCCCCCCGAGGAGCAAAGCGCCUGCGCUGAUGAGCAGCUGUCCCAGGGCAUCGCCACCCUCUGUGCCACCCCGCGGGACACCUGGCGUGACCCCCAGGGCUGCUGCUCGCAGGGGGACCCCGAGCAGCGCCGCUGCUUCAACACCAAGUACCUCGCCCGGGUGACCCUGGGGGCUGCCGUGGCCCCCCCACCCCUUGGCCACGAUGAGUGA